CGGAACUUGUGGGGAAACGCGGCCCUUGGGGCCGUUUUUGAGGUGUCGGGUUCGCACCUUCGUUACGGCCGUUCCCUGGGUUGGGGCGUCGCGGAGGUGGCAGCGUGAUGUGGGCAGAGCUCUCCGUGCUGCUGUACCUGACCCAGUUCUUGUGUGGUUGGUGAAAAUAAGCCUCUGCUGCAGGGAUGCAAGAGGAGCAACAGCCUGAGGCUGCUGCAGAUCCAAUGUCCUCCUCUGAUGCACCAGAAGAUGGCCCAAAGGAAACGUCCAGUGUAUCGCAGAAUAUCUCUGAUGCAGAUGCAUUUAAAAUUCUCCUGGAGAUGAAGUUGAAGAAGAGACAGAAAAAGCCUGCUUUACCAAGCACUGUGACUGAGCUUGACACUGAGGAUGGUUCUAAAGUGUAUGUGGUUGGAACAGCUCACUUCAGUGACAGCAGCAAAAAGGAUGUAGUAAAGACAAUACAAGAAGUGCAACCUGAUGUAGUUGUGGUGGAACUAUGCCAGUACAGAGUUUCUAUGUUAAAGAUGGAUGAAAAGACAUUACUAAAAGAAGCCAAAGAAAUAAAUUUGGAAAAACUUCAACAAGCUAUAAAGCAGAACGGAGUCAUGUCUGGAUUGAUGCAAAUGCUGCUUCUGAAGGUUUCUGCUCACAUCACAGAACAGCUGGGAAUGGCCCCAGGAGGAGAAUUCAGGGAGGCUUUCAAAGAGGCCAGUAAAGUACCCUUCUGUAAAUUCCAUCUUGGUGACCGACCCAUUCCUGUUACAUUUAAGAGAGCAAUUGCUGCACUUUCCUUCUGGCAAAAAGUCAAGCUUGGUUGGGGCCUUUGCUUCUUGUCUGACCCAAUCAGUAAAGAUGAUGUGGAGAAAUGCAAACAGAAGGAUUUACUGGAGCAGAUGAUGGCAGAAAUGAUUGGAGAAUUCCCUGAUCUUCAUCGAACGAUUGUCUCAGAACGAGAUAUUUACUUGACGUACAUGCUGAAGCAAGCAGCAAAGCAGAUAGAACUACCUCGAGCUUCAGAAAGUGAGCCUAGAAGGUAUAUCCCAGCUGUUGUAGUUGGUGUUGUUGGCAUGGGUCAUGUACCUGGAAUUGAGAAGAACUGGAAUUCUGACUUAAAGAUCCAGGAAAUAAUGAGUGUGCCUCCUCCAUCAACUUCAAGUAAGAUUUUCAAAUUUGUCUUAAAAGCAACAGUUUUUGGACUGCUGGGAUAUGGCUGCUACCGAAUAGGUCACAGGACAGUUCAGUUUGUUCUCUCGAUGCCAGCAGCACAGAGCUAUCUUCAGAGGCUGACAGAGGUGCCUCAGCAUUGAACAUCCAGUGGAGGCACUGUGUGAAGAAAGGGGCUGAAAAAAGGGUGAUAGAGGCAACUCGUGAACUGGACUGAAAGAAGAUGAGGAUUUCAGUCAGAGCUGAUUGAUGCUGAGCAAUGUCAAUCACUAUAUAGUAAAAGAUUUGAUACUAAAGUCACACCAGCUAUGACCUAAUUAAUAGUUUUGAUUCCUGGUAAGUGUGUUGCAUGAAACCAGAUGAUUCCAGAUUGAGCUAAAAGAAAUGUGUAUGCAGAUAUAUAUAUUAUAUAUGCAUACUGUAUAUAUAAUAUAUAUAUUACUGAUGAUGUAGUACAGGCAGCUUAAAGAGUGUGUGUUCAUGACUUCUUUUCCAGAGGAACAGAACAACACCAAGUAAUCUAAUCGGCUGCAUCUCUGCCGAAGUUCAGGGACACUUGUCUUGAGUGAUUCUUUGCUUUUAUUUUCUUAGGUAUAAUAAUACCAAGUGGUUGUUUCUGGUGCCAGACACUUUUACACAUAAUUUAAAAGGACAUCUUCUCAAUGUGUGUUUUAUACGUAAAACAUUUAGGCUUUUUUUUUAAAUUCAAGAGCUUUCCAGGAAUUUCAGAGUUGUACAGGCUGUCAUACGUACACUGCUCAAAUUUUUUACAAGCCUUAUUGAAGAACAGGAACGUUGCCUUUAGAUUGCAUCCCUCAUUACCAUCAUCAGUUGAAUUGUCUUUCUUCUGCAUAGAGAAGGAAUAGCCAACCCAUCAGAAUGCAAUGUGGUUUGUGUCAGAUGUUUACAGGACACUCUGUUCCUUUAGAUUAGCUUAUUUAAACUGUAUUAUUUAGCCAUAUCCUGCUGGAUUCAGUAUUGUAAAUUUAAGAGGCUAGAACUACUGUACAAUUUACUUUUGUUUCUCAGACCUUUCAUAUUUGGGUAAGAAGUCUGGAAUUGAUAGUACCUGCCCCUCAUUUUUGAUACAUGAAAAUAUUUUAUUUAUCAAUGUAAUUUCUCGGUGGAUGAAUAUUUUAAUCUAUUUAAUAGGAAAGCAAUGUUCAAUUUAGUUUUUCAAACUAGCUGUAGCAUUUGAUUUGUAUUACCUGCUAUUUAUACAUAGAAUUAUGGGUACUGCUGUUAUUUUCUUUGCUAAUUAUCCAGAACAGUCAUCCAUCAUCAAUCUAUUUCUUUCUUUUUUUUUUUUUUUUAAUUCUAGUUUAAUAUUUUAUAGGAAUUUUUUUGUACCCUCUUUUUAUACAGGAUUGUCAGUGAUUGUAAAGUGCCCUCUGCAAUCAGCUAGUCCCAGUUCAACAAUACAGAUAAUUUUGACAUAUCAAAGUUUUAACCUGAUGUAUUUGAAUGGAAGUCCCAUUUGCUUCUCAGGCUCAUAUACAGUUGCUUAAAGUGAGGUUUUUAUCUGUAUUAGUUUCUUUUGGGAAUGAAAGAUGGGAACCAGUGUGUGAGGCAGGAGGAGGAAAAGAUGAUGUGUUUUGUGUUUCUUUGUUGUUUUCAGUUGGCUCAAUAAAAUCAACAAACCACUUUGAGUGGGAUGUAUUUCCAAAACCUUGUGUUGGAAAUGGUCCUGUACAGUCUUUUGUUUGCUGAAAGUAUGUACCUGUAUCUUCUGUGCAGUGUUGUCUUUUUUGAGCUUUUAAAAUUAACUUAAGAGUCUGAUGCUCCUCUCUGUGAUGGCAUUGACUUUGCUGGGAGCUGGUCUGUCCAUGCAACCUGAUGCUUUUCUGCCUUGACACUUUGAAAAUUUUAUGAGUUCCAGUGCAGCAAAUUAUUAAAGUGCAUGUUUAUCUUUACACUUACUGAAUCUAACUCGAUCCCGCAGAGCUUUUAAGAUGAUGCUAGGUGCUUUUCUGGGCCUUACAGUUGUGUGGGGAAUAAACCUUUGCAAAUGAGAAUGACAGCAAUUCAUGCAAUUCAUGUUUCUUGGACACAAAAUGUAAAUGAUAAUACAGAAUACAGUAGGGGCAGGUCCUUUUAUUUUCUAUCUUAUCAGUGCUUAAGAAACCACCAGCCGUUUUUCGCAAGAGGAAAAGCAGCAUUUGUAAACAAUUUAUAGAAGAGUGACUGCCUGAAUUUUGAUUCCUGUUUUUAAAAAACAUUUAAUGUAUUGUUUAUAAUGAAGCAGUCCUAUUUGAAUAAUUCUAUUACAUUUUAUGUACAUUUUUAAAAGAAGAAAGCAAAAGCUUAAGCUUACUCUUCUCCCGGCUUUACUGACUUACCAAAAUGUUGUUCUGUUGGUUGUUUUUUUGAAAAUAUUUAGCUGGUAGAAUUCAAUAUAUUGAUGUUUUUGCUUUAAGUUAUCUACAGAUUUUUAAAGUAUCUGCAGAUAUUUUAAAAGUUCUGUAGAUCUUUGAUAUCUGUGCUCAGGUACUUUUACAAGAAGGAAAACAAAUCUAAGGUAAAUUUUAGAUAGGAGCCUUAAACUUGGGUGGGACUAAUGCUAAAUGAUUGUCAUGGAGCAUUCUUGCAGAUGUAAUGUUUUAUGCUUUUUAGCCAGAAGUGAUUACCAUCUAAGUUGUCUGUUUGUUAUUCAGUUAUUCUUUCCAGUCAGUACCUUUAGUCUAUUGUUUUAGUUUUUUUUCUUUACAAAGCAUAUCAGCAGAUUCUUCAAGGAACCUGUUUGUGCAUGGAGAAUUUGCAAUUUAUCUUCCCACUGUUGCAAAUUGGCAGAUCAUAUGCAUGCACUGUUUACUCAGUGGCACUGGAAAGUGAUGAAUUUGCAGAACUAACAAUUCUCUGAAUCCAUACACAAAUUCUCGAUGUUGUAUAUUCAAUGUGUUGUACCAUUUAUAUAACAUAAUCAGUGAUUUAGGUCCAUUCUCUUCUGUUCUAGUCAGUCCUUUCAGUGUUGACAGCAUCCUGUAAAAUUUAAAUAUAUGUUGAAUUGUCCCAGCCCCGCCUCAACCUUAUGAAGCCAUAUUGUAUUUUUUUGGUGACAUGUACAUCUGUUUUAUGCAUUUGUACAUGUGAUGUAAAUUUGAAGUAUUUUUAACAAUGUGUGCCUUUACUCUAAAGUGAUUUAAAGUAAACAGCAGUAUGUUCUAUUAUAUAAAAAAAUAAAAUAUUUUAACCA